GGACGGGACGGGACGGGACAGGGAGCGGCUGUCCCGGGAGGGGAGCGGCCGAGCGCUGGGCCGGCACCGAGCGGCUGCAGGAUGAGUUCGGCCGAGCACGACUACAGUUUUGUGUUUAAAGUGGUGCUGAUCGGGGAGUCCGGCGUCGGGAAGAGCAACCUUCUCUCUCGCUUCACCCGCAACGAGUUCAACCACGACAGCCGGACCACCAUCGGAGUGGAGUUCUCCACACGCACUGUCACCAUCGACGGAGUGGCCGUGAAGACACAGAUCUGGGACACGGCCGGGCUGGAGCGUUACCGAGCCAUCACCUCCGCGUAUUACCGAGGGGCUGUGGGAGCGCUGCUGGUGUACGACAUCUCCAAGCACCAGACAUACGAGAACGUGGAACGGUGGCUGACUGAGCUUCUGGACAAUGCAGACAACAACCUGGUGGUGAUGCUGGUCGGGAACAAGAGCGACCUGGCGGACGUCCGCACCGUGCCCGUCGAUGAGGCCAUGUCCUUCGCAGAGAAACACCAGAUGUUGUUCAUGGAGACGUCGGCGCUGGACUCGACCAACGUGGAGCCGGCCUUCCAGUCCGUCAUCUCAGAGAUCUUCCGUCGCCGGGCGGAGGGGCGAGCGAGCCAGGCCACCCGGACAACCGUCGCCCUCAACCCCAACAGCGUCCCCAACGACGGGACGACGGCCGAGACCAGGAAACCCUGCUGCCAGAACAUCUGAGGGCUGGCACCUCCUCCCACCCCCCCCCCCCCCCACCUCCCUCCCACCUCCCCUCCCCCAGAACCACCGCCCCCCCAGCACAUCCCUCCCCAAAUCUCCCCCAUCUCCUCCCCCAACACCUCCCGCUCCCCCAACUACCCCCCCAGCACCGUACACACCCCCCUCCCACACCUCCACCCACCCACCUUCCCCUCCUGCCCCCAGCACCUCCCCCCUCCCCUGCUCCCCCACCCCCUCCCCCCAAGCCCCAUCCCCUACCCCCCUCGUCCCCUCCCUCCAGCACCUCCCCAACCCAGCACCUCCUCACCUCCCUCUCUCCCCUCCCCUCACCCACCCCCCGCCCCCACCCCCAGCACCCUCCCAGGUCCGGGAGGCAGGGUCCCAACUCCACACCACCACCCUCGGGACCUCCCUGCACUCCAGGAGCCUCCUUGACACACAGUUCCCCGAUCCUCUGCCGAGGGAGGUGGUGGCUCUCACCGGGAGCUCCAGCUGAGUGUUUCUCUCAGGGUCCGGCGAGGUGGGUGGGAGGGGCGGGGGAGGUGGUCGGGUGGUUCUCCCGGUGAAGGGCCCUGGGCCCACCCCCAGAGUCAGCUGUACACAGUGACUGGACAACACAGGUAACCUGAGAUUGGACUGAGACCCAACAUGGCAGCAAAGGGCCUCGCUGUCCCUCACUGUCCCCACCAAGGGCCACACCGGCAGUGUGUGACGGGACGGUGCGGAGGGAGCUUCACCCUGUGUCUGACCCCGGGAGUGUGUGACGGGACGGUGCGGAGGGAGCUUCACCCUGUGUCUGACCCCGGGAGUGUGUGACGGGACGGUGCGGAGGGAGCUUCACCCUGUGUCUGACCCCGGGAGUGUGUGACGGGACGGUGCGGGGGGAGCCUCACCCUCUGUCUGACCCCGGGAGUGUGUGACGGGACGGUGCGGAGGGAGCUUCACCCUGUGUCUGACCCCAGGAGUGUGUGACGGGACGGUGCGGAGGGAGCUUCACCCUGUGUCUGACCCCGGGAGUGUGUGACGGGACGGUGCGGAGGGAGCUUCACCCUGUGUCUGACCCCGGGAGUGUGUGAUGGGAUGGUGGCAGACGGGACGGUGUGCGGGUCCAGCUUUACGGAACAUCCCGGAUACCAGGUGGAGGGUGAUGCAAUGGCUGGUUUACUGGUUUUCUGUGAAGACGAGGGACAACCACACAUUAAUCUAUGUAAUUUACUAAGUCUUUGUGUAUCCAAUAGUAGAAUAAAAAGAAUUUCUUCUGGUG